AUGGAUAAUGGACGUACAUUACCGCCCAAUGUCUUUUUAUUGGAAGCAACGGAUCAAGUAAUUGAAUUACAAACAAUCCUUAUGGAUAAGGAAACAGAUCAUUCGGAUUUUGUUUUUUAUGCGGAUCGUUUAAUGCGGUUGGUUAUCGAAGAAGGUCUGAAUCGUCUGCCAUAUAUAGAUGUAAUGGUUGAAACACCAACACGCCAUCAGUAUGAAGGUAUUGCAUUUGUACGUGGCAAUUGUGGUGUAUCAAUAAGUCGGAGUGGUGAAGCUAUGGAGCAUGCUCUCAGACAGUGUUGCAGAUCGAUACGUAUUGGAAAAAUGUUGUUGGCCGAAGAUACGAGGUUAUUAUAUGCAAGGUUAAUGCCUGAUAUCACGAAACGGCGUGUUCUCUUACUUUAUCCUCUUUUAAGUACGGGUCGUACUGCAAUCAAAGCGGUAUCAGUUCUUGUUGACAACAAUGUAUAUGAAGAGAAUAUACUUCUGCUGACAUUAUUNGUACUGCAAUCAAAGCGAAAUGAAUGCGUUCACUUUUUUAUAGGUAUCAAGAGAAUUAUGAGUCGUUUCCCAUCAAUAUCGAUCUUGACUGGUGAUAUAAAUGAUUGCAUACCUUAUCAUUUUACAACUAAAUAUUUCGGUACUGACUGA